CGAUUAAAGCAAUUACAAUAAUUUUAUUGGCUUUAUUUUCAUUGAUCAAGCAUACAAAUGCCGGUGCCUAUGAUCUACCAGCCGGUACAUUAAAACAAACCGGAUUAUUAGGUAAUCUUAAACGUACAUUUAAAUGUGAAGCUGAAGGUUAUUUUGCUGAUGUUGAUAAUGAUUGUAAAAUCUAUCAUCAAUGUAAUUCGUUUAAUUCGAAAAAAGGAUCACCAAAUACAAAAUAUGCACAAACAACAAUGGCAUGUGGUAAAGAUCAAAUAUUUGAUCAAUCAAAAUUUGCAUGUAAAGAUGAAUCAGAUGCAAUACCUUGUGAAGCAUCAUCCGAUUUUUUCUAUCUAAAUGAACGUAUUGGUGAUAAAACGGCUGAUUUUUUGACCGAUGCUGAUAUUGAAAAAGCACAAGCUGCACGACCAGAAUAUCGUGCUGCUGCUGCUGCUGCAAAACGACGUCGUUCACCAUUGAUGAUGAUGAAUAAAUCGAAAAAACGUCGACGACAUCCACGAUCGCAUCAUCAUCCUCAACAACAACAACAACAACAGCAACAGCCACAACAAUUUUAUCCGGUUAUAAAUGUUGAUAAUGAUCUAGAUUUUGCCGCAAGUAAUGUCCAUCCAAAUACUAAUAAUAAUUAUCUUAUCGAUGACAAAGUUGUCAUAACUAGUCCAAAAUUAUUAAAAAUAACUAAAUCCAAAUCCAAAUCUAAAUCCAAAACUAAAUCCAAAUCAACAAAAUCAUCCAAAUCUAAACAUAAUCGAUUAUUAUCCUAA